UCCACUACUGACCUAUUCAAUUAUGAAGAUUCAAGUCCUCCUUGCCCCCCUGCUGACAUUGGUCGCAGUCGCAUUGGCCGGAAAAAUCGACCCAUCCCUACAGAAUGCUGUCACAUUGGGACUAACAUCCACCGCAAUUCUCGAAUUGCCCCAAGUCAUCGACCAAGUAAAAUCCAACCCGUCCCACCGCUCGCUCUCGGGCGAUGCUAAAGUCGCCUCUCUCGUGGCAUCCCUUCGCGGGCUGACUUCCGCCGCGCAAGCGCCCCAUGUCGCCGUCGCUGCUUCCCUCGGCCUAGAAACUAAACAAUACUGGAUCUCGAACGUCAUCGUGAUUAGGGGAGUCACACUUUCCACUUUGUCUCAACUUGCCUCCACCCCUGGCGAAUUUACCCUCCGAGAACAAGGAACUGCCCAGCUUGUCGGGGACACCGAGCCGAUCGAGGUCAACGUUCAGCUGCAGAAUCCACAAUGGGGUGUGGCCAAAAUCCGGGCGCCCGCCGUGCACAAUAUCACUCAAGGAGAAGGCAUAGUCGUGGGGAUUAUUGAUACAGGGGUCAACUUGGGUCACGUCGCGCUUGCGGCAGGAUACGCGGGUGCGUGGUUGGAUCCUUAUGACAAUACCCCAGGACCAACGGACUACAGGGGUCAUGGGUCGCACGUGGCGGGAACGGUGCUCGGACGUGCGAAUGGCGUCGGCGUCGCCCCCGCCGCCCAGUGGACGGCAUGUCGAGGCUUUGGGGCAGGCAGUGGCGUCGAGGAGUAUCUCCUCGACUGCGGUCAAUUCAUGGUGACCUCGACCCCACGACCGCAUAUCGUCUGCAACUCGUGGGCGGGAGGUCAAGGUAACCCGUUCUUUCGCCCAGCGGUCGACGCCUGGCGGGAGGCUGGACUCAUCCCAGUCUUCGCGAUGGGGAAUUAUGGCCCCAGUUGCGGAUCUGUCAUGGCACCGGCAAGUUUUCCAAAUGUGAUCGGCGUCGGUGGGACGAACGAUGUGGAUGGAAUGUACACAUCUUCAAAUAGAGGACCAACUACGACCGGACUGCUCAAACCGGACGUUUCCGCGCCGGCGGUUAACGUCUUGUCAUGCGGGAUGACGGCGAACGAUUACGUCACGAUGACUGGAACGUCAAUGGCAUGCCCACACGUCAGCGGGGCAAUCGCUCUACUUCUAUCGGCUAAUCCGACUUUCACCUAUGACGACGUUUACGCUGCCCUGACAACCUCCGCGGUACACCCACCGGUUACCAAUGCGGAUAAAAAUUGUGGUCUUCCGGGUCCUGGAGACUUUCCAAAUCAAGCUUACGGUCACGGAAGGAUUGACAUCGCUGCUGCGUUUGGACUUUAAUGUCGAAAUUUAUGUAUCAAUUUAUUAGAAUUUGGUACAAUUUUCAUAGCAUUUAAACGUUACAUGUAAUCAAAUAAAUUUAAGU